AUGUCUAUUCCGAGUAUUGAGCUAAAUGAUGGCAACAAGAUGCCCCAAGUGGGCUUUGGGCUUUGGAAGGUAAACAACGACACCUGUGCUGAUCAGGUGUACGAGGCCAUCAAAGCCGGAUACAGGCUGUUCGACGGUGCUUGCGAUUACGGCAAUGAAGUCGAGUCCGGCCAGGGUAUUGCCCGCGCUAUCAAUGAAGGCAUCGUCAAGCGAGAAGAUCUCUUCAUAACCUCAAAACUCUGGAAUUCCUUCCACGACCCCGAACAGGUCGAGCCUAUCGUCAAGAAGCAACUCGGCGACUGGGGCAUUGACUACUUCGAUCUUUACCUCAUUCACUUUCCCGUCGCUAUCAAGUACAUUGCUCCCGAAGUACGCUACCCGCCCGGCUGGUUUGUUGACGAUGCGGGCACCAAGAUCGAGCAUAGCAAGGCGAGCCUAGAGAGCACAUGGAAGGCCAUUGAGCAACUGAAAAAGAAGGGGUUGUCCAAGAGUGUGGGCAUUAGCAACUACACUGGCGCACUGCUACUCGAUCUUUUCACAUACGCAGAAAUCACACCCGCGGUGUUGCAGAUCGAGCACCAUCCGUACUUCACGCAAGAGAACCUUGUGAAGCUUGCAAAGGAGCGCGGAAUUGCCAUCACAGCUUACUCAUCGUUCGGGCCUUCGUCGUUCAUUGAGUGCGAUAUGAAGGUUGCGGCGGAUACCCAGCAGCUGCUCUCGCACGACCUGAUCACUGGCAUUGCGGAGAAGCACAGCAAGACUCCGGCGCAGGUCCUGUUGAGGUGGGCGACACAGCGCGGUCUGGCUGUAAUUCCAAAAAGCAACGACCCGAAGCGGCUAGCACAGAACUUGGAUGUUGUAGGCUUCGAUUUGGGCAACGACGAAAUCCAGAAGAUCUCGGAUCUGAACAUCAACCUUAAGUUCAACGUACCGACAAACGUAGGUUCCAUCCCUUUUGCUGUAUGGGUCGAGAACGCUGCUAAUUGA